AGCCCAACUCGGCAGCGACACGUGCCGAGCUCACAGGCGGGUGCUUCAGGGAGUUUUGAAGGCGAGGGACUAUAUAAACCCCCAGGUGCCUGUUCUGGAAACGCCGCGCGAUUUGCCUUCUCUCGAAUUCAGGCAUUUGCAGGGAUCAAUCAAGCAGCAUCCAUGGAAACCCCAAAAAGCCAACAAGAGAAGCCUUUGCCUCCAUCUCUUGCUUCAUGCCGGAAGAAUAAGAAGGAUGAUGCCACUUUUUUGGAGGAUUUGAAGGACCACAUUGAUGAAUUUAUAAAUGCAUCCAUGGAAGAGCAUAAAACUUGUUUCAAGAAGUCCAUGCAAAAGAUGUUUAGAAUGUCGAAGGUUGUUGCGGAGAGGAGUUCUGCCACCCAGGAAGUUGAAAGUUCUCUGCCGCUUCGGACAACUGUGGCAGAGUAAAUCAUCCCUUUGUGGCGCUAGCACACUGUAUAUAUGGGUGACUUGUUCUUUUUGUUUUCCACCUUGAUGUAGAAGUUUUGAAUGAAUUUUGUUAGCUCUGGUUCGUAAGUCAUAUGUUUUUUGAAUUUUGUUCUUCAUUAAAUGAUUCUCCAGCUUCUGAGUUGCUAGAAUAAUUUACGUCUUAGUUUUCUAAAUGGGCAAAACAAGUUGGGAGUGAAGAAUUGCACAAUGC